AUGCGCAAUUUGCGCGAAGCGAUCCGUCAGAAACGCCCGGAUUUGUGGAAGAACAAAAGCUGGCUUUUGCACCAAGAUAACGCCCCUGCUCACACAUCGUUGCUUGUGCGCGAAUAUUUAUCGAAAAACAAGACAGUAAUGGUCCCACAGCCACCGUAUUCCCCAGACCUGGCCCCCUGUGACUUUUUCUUGUUCCCAAAACUGAAGAGGCCCAUGAAAGGACGACGCUACGCCACGAUUGAAGAAAUAGAGACAGCAUCGAAGGAGGAGCUGAAGAAGAUCACAAAAAAUGAUUUUUAA